UUGCGCCAGAGGGAGGUAAUGCUAUGACUCACACGUGCGUGAGGGGAUAGGCGAUUCACGCAAUAAUAAAUAUAUUAAAAAUGAAACAUUCUUGAGGGAAAAUGGUCACUGGCACGCUACUGGAUUUAAUUUGUCUCGAUGUCGUUAUUCUGGUGUUGUUGACAUUGAACUGUCUUGCGUCUCAGAACGUUGGGUGGAUAGAGAACUGUAAUUCGGUUGUUUGGUGGUAGUUUCUCUCGACAAGACAACCUGUGCACCCGCAGACGGUAAGAAACCGGUUGGAUAUUUCCGUUGAGAAUCUGAUAAGAGUCCCGGAGCGCACAGGAAUAACAGAGGACUAAUGGCCACGUCUGAACCGACAGCCACUGGCGGGGACCAGGACCCCAACUCUGACAAUUUACGACCUUCGUCUACAAACUAUGACGCGUGGAUGCAAGGCUGCACGCGGAAACUGGGUUUGAAGAUCUGUGGGUUCCUGCAGAAGAACAACAGUCUCGGGGAGGAAGGCCGGCUCGCAGGCUCACUCUCAGAACGCCAGAAGAACCUGUAUUCCUGUGACAACAGCGACCGGGAUGCCCGUUUCCGUCGCACUGAGACCGAUUUUUCCAACAUGUUCGCGAGAGACUUACUUCCCGCCAAAAACGGAGAAGAGGCGACUAUGCAGUUCUUGUUGGAACUUGUGGGCAUCCUCACCAACUACGUCAGGAAGACGUUUGACCGUUCCACCAAGGUUCUGGACUUCCACCACCCUCACCAGCUGCUCGAGGGCAUGGAGGGAUUCAACCUCGAGCUCUCUGACCAGCCAGAGUCCCUCGAGCAGAUUCUCGUGGACUGCAGGGACACGCUCAAGUACGGCGUGCGAACAGGUCAUCCACGGUUCUUCAACCAGCUGUCUACGGGGCUGGACAUCAUUGGGCUGGCUGGGGAGUGGCUCACCUCCACAGCCAACACCAACAUGUUCACCUAUGAGAUCGCUCCAGUGUUUGUCCUGAUGGAGCAGCUGACGUUGAAGAAGAUGAGAGAGAUGAUUGGCUGGCCCUCGGGAGAGGGGGACGGCAUAUUCUCACCAGGGGGCGCCAUCUCUAACAUGUACAGUGUGAUGAUUGCUCGCUACAAGUACUUCCCAGAGGUCAAGACUAAGGGCAUGUCUGCCGCUCCCCGCCUGGUGCUCUUCACAUCAGAACAUAGCCACUACUCUAUCAAGAAGGCCGGGGCAGCUCUGGGCUUUGGUUCUGAGAACGUGGUCCUGUUGAGCACAGAUGAGAGGGGGAGAGUUAUUCCUGCUGAUCUAGAAGCUAAGAUCCUUGAUGUCAAGCAGAAGGGUCACCAUCCUCUGUUUGUGAACGCUACAGCUGGUUCUACAGUCUACGGAGCAUUUGACCCCAUCAAUGAGAUCGCUGACAUCUGUGAAAAAUACGACAUGUGGCUGCACGUAGACGGUGCAUGGGGAGGUGGUCUUCUGAUGUCCAGGAAGCAUCGCCAUAAGUUCAGCGGAGUAGAGAGGGCUAACUCUGUCACAUGGAAUCCUCACAAGAUGAUGGGAGUGCCUCUACAGUGCUCCGCCAUCCUAGUCAGAGAAAAGGGUAUUCUGGCAGGCUGUAACUCGAUGUGUGCUGGGUACCUGUUCCAGCCCGAUAAACAGUAUGAUGUCAGCUAUGACACGGGAGACAAGGCCAUCCAGUGUGGCCGACACGUUGACAUCUUCAAGUUCUGGCUCAUGUGGAAGGCCAAGGGCACUAUAGGGUUUGAGCAGCACAUUGACAAGUGUCUGGACCUGUCUCAGUACCUCUACGACAAGAUCAGAAACAGACAGGGAUACGAGAUGGUGUUCCAGGGAGUGCCCCAGCACACCAACGUGUGUUUCUGGUACAUCCCACCCAGUCUGAGAGGCUUGGAACACAACAGUGUGGAGUAUCGAGAAAAACUUCACAAGGUGGCGCCCAAGAUCAAGGCAAUGAUGAUGGAGUCAGGGACGACCAUGGUGGGCUACCAGCCUCAGGGCCAGAAGGUCAAUUUCUUCCGCAUGGUCGUCUCCAACCCCGCAGCCCUCCAGUCAGACAUCGACUUCCUCAUUGACGAAAUCGAGAGGCUGGGGCAUGACCUGUAAACAGUGCCACCCCAGUGGGCAGAGGCCAAAAUGGUAGUUUUCAAUGUUUUACCUGUGACCAUAAGAAUCGGCUCUGAGAUAAAAAACAAUUAUAAUAAUUUUUAGAUGCUCUUGAUUUGUCCUAAACAAUUCUCUCCAUAGGUAUAAUGUGUAAACCAGAGCCUUCAAUGUGGUACACACUGCGAUACUACAUUUUUACUAACGUGUGUAGAGUCCUGUGUUGUGUGUUUGUGUUCUAGUCCCUCAGUCAUCCAGUAGUCAUCUGUCUAUCUGUGUUGUACAGAAGAUUCAUAAGAGGAACCAUGGUAACGUAACACAGGGAAACCAUCUACAUCAGUGUGUGUGUGUGUAUGUGUGUGUGUGUGUGUGUGUG